AAAUCUCAUAGGACUUCUGACGAACACAGACACGCGUCAGAAUUCUCCCCUGAGGGAGCGUGCCUAUAAGCUAUACCCAUUAUGUUGCAACGUAGAAGAUGGUGCAAUAAGUCUGUGAAUUGAAGAAUUUCAUGUCAAUUUCAGUUUUUAUGCAGAUUUUAAGUCCGAUUGUUCGUGGAGAGUGUAGGCGACCGUCAUCUCGUUAUCAGUUCCUCGGAUGACGCGGCUACAGGCUCCGCCUCUGAGCUCUGCUCUCCGGGAACUACAGCGUACGGGCGUGCAGUGCGACGUGGAGGUGCAGUUCGGUGCAGCUCGAGCGGCGCUGCAUCGCUGCGUUCUGCUGGCGCGUGCAGCGGCCGUAGCGCGCGUCGAACUAAACACCCUCACAAAAACAGUCAUCACGCUGGCUCCUUAUGAAGAGUCCAUACACGACGUUGCACGUCAAAAUGAAGUUCUCGAGAAUUUCGUCGACUUCAUUUACGGUCUUGAAGUUUCACUAUCCGACGAUGAGCUGCCGUUACUGAAAACAUUCUUGGAGAGCGUGGGGUGUCUGGACUGCUUUGGACGGGGCCUAACCGAGCAUGGAGGAAACUUGAUCAAUUAUGGAGGAAAAGUUUCAAAAGAAAAUGAAUGGGAAUCUCUCACUACCGAAGUAUCAAAUUUCAAUGAAUUCGAUCGUGGAAAAUUAGGAAAUGGUGAAGUGAUUCGAGAUCGGGAAAAAGGCGAAACCGUGUUACCGAAGAAAGAUAGAUGCAAAAUUGCGAAGCCACCUUUUAAUAAAUCAUGUGAAAAUAAUGCCUUGAAUUCAUGGAACAACAAAAAACAUAAAUUUAAUACAAACAAAAGAGUUAAAACUAAGAAACCAUUAACGACUGGAACUUUCAGUUCAAUCAAAAGCUCUCCUGGGCACUCCCGAACAACUAGGUCUGUUAAAGUUUCCCGAACCAGCACUGAUGUUGAAGAAAAUAAAGAUGUUGUGAUGGUCACAGAUGUAUCUGAACUUGGUAAACCUACUUCAUCUGACGAAAAUAUUUCCUUAGACAAAAAAACCACUUUUGACUAUAAUAAUUUGCCAAACUUGUUAUCGCAGCUCCCUCAUUCAUUAAUUAAGUUUGAUAACUCCGAAUAUUUAGAGCAAAAUAGCAAAGUUCAUUGUGCUAAUUAUUUUGCUGAUUCGAAAGAAAAGAAUUCAUUUCAUGCUGCACCUCCAGAGGAAGAGCAUCGAAAUUCAACUAAUUUUCACGAUAUUCCCGAUUUCGCUGUGGUAUUCUUAGAUGCCUUAAAAUUUUCUUCACUUUUAAAUAACAACGAAUGCAGAAAUUCAAUUCGUGUAGAGUCACCAGCCAGAAGCGAAUUAUCUACAACUGCCCCAUAUUUUGAAGAAUUUACGAAAGAUAUUCCGCCUAUUGUUGUGUUGGAUAUUGAACCGGACGGUGAAUUUUCUACACUGGAUAAUGGAAUUUCAAAGGGACUCGUGGCAGAGUUCCCGGCAGCUCCGUAUUCUUCGGAGUCGCAAGUUGAUGAAGAGAACCUAAGUUUAUCCUGUAGAGAGAGAUUAAAUCAACGAUCUUUUGUAAAUACAGACGCAUCCAAAACCCAGAUGCUUUCAUUUUUUAGCGACGCUCGUACUCCUAAAAACACUCUUUACAUUACUGGAAAUUUACCAGCAACAUUCGUCUCACCAAACAACAUUCCUACUAAUGAAGGCAAGAUGCUCACAUCAGUGGACUGUGACGUUGACAGUGACGUACCGGAGACCUAUGACGUACCGGAGACCUAUGGCGGUGUGUCGUCUUCGGCGCAGGGGAGCCUGCAGUGCAACGAGUGUAACGUCUCUUUCAGGAAGUGCUUGGAUCUGGUCAAACAUGUCCUUGCUUACAAUCACUUCUCGGUCAUUUGUCCCAUUUGCCUCGUUAAGGCUUCGGACCGUGAAGAUCAGCGCCAGCAUUUCGUCCUGCACGACUCGCCGCUGCCGUUUUUCUGCCAAAGCUGCGACCUGCGUUUCCGGACGCGAGCUCACCUCGCCAUGCACGCACCCAAACACUCCAACGCGAAGCCGUUUUCAUGCCCGGAAUGCAGUCGUGCGUUCAAAUGGCGUCACGCGCUACAGGCGCACAUGCUCACACACCGCGCCAUGGGACAUCUUCUGUGCGACGUGUGCGGGUUCUCGUCUAACUACAUCACGACGUUCAAGGCGCACCUGCAGCAGCACUCGGGCGAGGCGUUCUCGUGUACCCAGCCAGGCUGUAGCUUCAAGGCGUUCAGGAAAGACAACCUCAAAGCCCACCUUGCCACGCAUUCAAACGUUCGACCUCAUCAGUGCGAGGUGUGCGGAACUUCGUUCUCGCUCGCCCGCAAUCUUCGUCGGCACAUGAAAGUGCACUCGUCUCUUCGUCUGCAGUGCUCGUCCUGUCCAUUCACGACCACGCGCGACGACAAACUUAGAUGUCACGUCACCACCAAACAUUGUGUUGUCAACGAUGCGUCGGAGUCUCGAACAAAAGCUACGCUCAACUUUGACCUUGAGCCCACUCUGAAUUCUGUUCAGAGUGACUCUUUUUCCGCCUUAAGCCAGUUUCAAUUACCAAGUAAUUCCAUAGCCCUAAAAAAGCGCAGUCUAAAAACUAGGCGGAAAAUCAAUGCCGUUCUCAGAAGUGCUCCGGUAAAACUAAGUAGGACCAAUCACUUUUUGCCCUCUGGCAAACGAAAGCUGCGACCUAUUUUUCCGAAGCCACAGACACUCUCGGUCGAUUCUAUGGCUAUUGUUACGCAAAAUAAUGACAGCUUAGGAACAGGAAACAUCGUUUUCGUGGAGAAAAAUGUAGAUCUGGUCUAAUCCUCGUGUUCUUAUAGGCAUUAAUACAACGCUUUGUUGAUCUUAAAGGUGUCUAAAAUAAUUGAUAUGAAA